UGCAGAGUUAAAUGAAAUCUAUCAAAGAAAAAUGUAUUUAGAAAAGAAUCAACAAGUGAUUUGGCAGCAAAAGAGUAAACUUUGUAGCUCAGAUGAAGAAUUUAUAAUACCUUUACACUUAAAUAAAGUAAUACUUAUAGGAAGAGAUGCUAAUAAGUGUAAUUUAGUUAUUAAGAAUCCCAUGGUCAGUCUGGUUCAUGCAAUUGUUUGGGCCAUAAAAUUUGAUAACCAUACUCCUGCUCUUAUUUAUAUUCGAGAUAAUUCUACUAAUGGAGUUUUAAUUAAUGGAAAUCUAAUUGGCAAGAAUAAUACAAGAAUGUUAUUCGGAAAUGAUUCUAUUGAUUUAAGAGGUGGAAUUAUAAUGAAAGUAUCUACUUCCACUUCCACUUCAACAUUUUCACAUCCUUUAAUAACCAUUGGAAAAUGGGAAAUCUCUAAUAAUCUCGUGGGACAAGGAACUUUUGGAUCAGUAUAUAUUGCAAAUAAAACUGAAGAAAAUUCCCUCUUUGCAGUUAAACAUAUCAAACCAAGUCAAGAAAGAGUAAGAGUAAGUGAAAGGGAAAAGGAAAGGUUUAAAGCAGAAGCUGAAUUACUAUUAUCCGUUAAUCAUACACACAUAAUUAGAGUACAUGAAGCUAUAGUAUCUAACAAUGAGUUAUACAUUUUCCAAGACUUAGUUUGUGGUGGUGAUUUAUUUUCAUAUUUAGUAAGUGGCGAUAGAAUAGCAGCCAUUCCUGAAAUUGAAACUAUUGUCAUAAUUUUCCAAAUACUAAAGGCCCUUGAAUUUCUACACAACACUUUAAAUAUAAUUCAUCGAGAUUUGAAAUUAGAUAAUAUCCUCCUCGAAGCACCUUUACCAUUCACUAGAAUUUAUAUAUGUGAUUUUGGGAUUGCAAAAAAAUUAGGUAAUAUUAGUCAAAGAUGUAAGACUAUGGUAGGAACUGUAGAGUAUAGUGCACCAGAAAUAUUUUCGAACCAUUACAACUCACAAGGUUAUACAUCCAAAUGUGAUAUUUGGUCUUUGGGUAUUAUUUGUCAUAUAAUGUUAUCUGGAGUAUCUCCCUUUUACUCCGAUAAAAGUAAUGAUGAAAUGAUAAAUAAAGCAAGCUUAGGUACACUAAAUUUUGAGCUUCUUCAAUUUCAAGGAGUCUCUAAUAAAGCUAAAUGCUUUAUCAAGAGUUUAAUCCAAAUCAUGCCUGAAGAUAGACCCAAUAUUGAAGAAUGUUUUAAUAUCAAUUGGAUUAAAUUAAAUAGAGAUCUUCUUGACCGAGUGUACAAAGAAAAAGUUUUAGGUUCUUACGGCUAUUAAAAUAUAUAGUUAGUAUAUAUGUCUUCCGCAAUAAUCCUUAUUUUAUG